CCCGAGAUCACGACCGGACAGAACGACGACUGCAACCCACCCCGCCAUCACAUCACACUAAACCCCACACGAUAUUGCCAUCUCUGACGACACACUCUGGCAUCAACCACCACAUCAACACUAGCGACUCCCCCACCCCACCCGGCAGCCGCCGUCUGACACGCCAUGCUCGUCAGGUCACUUGCCACGCUCGCACUCGCGUUCAUCGCGGCACCAACAGCGCUCGCCAAGGCGCCGACCGACCCUGGCACCGAGGUCGAGCUCAAGCAGCUCACCGACGCAAACUUCAACUCGAGCGUUGCGAGCGGUGUCUGGCUCGUCGAGCACUUCUCACCAAAAUGCUGGCACUGCCGCGCCUUCAUGCCGACUUGGGAGCGCCUCGUGGCAUACAAUCAGCACCAUGAGCGCCUAUGGGGCUUCCACAUGCGCCAGGUCAACUGCCUUGCCCAGGGAGACCUCUGUGAUGACAACGGGGUCAAGGGAUAUCCCCAGAUCAACCUCUACAUUGACGGCAAGAUGAUCCAGGAGUUUGACCAGAGCCGCGAGUUCGACGACGUACAGGACUUUAUCGAGAAGCAUGGGCUGAAGUACGCUCGCGACACUGUCAUGGGCGGGUCAGACGACACGGACGACGACACCCCGCUCAAGCCGACGCCGUUCAAGCGCACUAACCCCAACGGCGAGGUGCAGGAGGUCGACGAGGCGGGAUUCCUGGAGCUCAAGAAGCAAGGUCCUGUCCUCGUCGAGUUCUACGCGCCCUGGUGCAGCCACUGCAAGUCGCUCAAGCCUACCUACGCCAAGGUCGCGGCCGAGCUCAAGGGCAAGGUCAACGUCGCCGCCGUCAAUUGUGAUGUCCACAAGGGCUUCUGCCAUGUCAACGGCAUCGAGGGAUUCCCAACCAUUCGAAUGUAUAACAAGGCCGCCGAGAGGAUCGAAUACAGCGGCUCUCGGUCGCUGAACAAGAUUAAGCAGUUUGCCGUCGAGAAGUCCAGGGGUCUUGACCUCAAGCCCAUCAAGGGCGGUGACUUUUACGACAUCCUGGCACACGACGACAUCUUCUUCCUCUACCUGCAAAACUUUGACACUACUCUGGACGAGCUCAAGCAGACAGAGGCCGCUCUGCGCACACUGAGGAACUCGGUGCCUACCUACACCGCCUCUGACCCGCUUCUCUACGUCAACCUGAGUAUCCAGAACCCGGCGCCAACCUCGCUCCUCCUUGCCUUCGCGGGUCACUCGAACAAGCCAGUUGGCAGCAUUGCGCUCCCCACGAUCGACGCAAAGCUGCACCGCUUCAUCAACACGCACCGCCUGCCCAACCUGGUCGACCUGACCAAGAACAACUAUGCGGAUAUUAUGAAGAAUGACGCGCACGCGAUUGUCGUCCUUGGUGUUGUCCACGGCGACGAGCGCGGUGUCGAGGAGAGGAAGAAGCUGGAGGAGGUGUCCAAGGCUUGGAAGCGAGGCGGCCGGCCGUUCACUCAGCCCGUAUGGUUUGCCGCUGUUGACGGCGACAAGUGGGCCAGCUGGGUGUUACGGACCUACGGAAUCCGAAAGAAGGACUUCCCCGCCGUCGUGGUCAUUGACACUGAGAUGAACGAGUACUACGACCAGACGAUCGAAGAAGAACCCGUCAAGUACACUGGCGCCGACAUCUUCUCUGUGCUCGAGGGCGUGUACCAGCACUUCUUGAAACCCAAGAAGAUUGAGACUGGCUGGAGCGCACGAAACGCUUCGGUUAAUCUGAUCCUUUUGAGCCACUGGGCUGUCGAGCACCCGAUCAAGGCCGUGUUUGCGCUCGUCGCCUCUGUCACGGUCCUCGUUACUAUCCUCCAGCGCUGCGUCAAGAGAGAUCUGCGGAGCGUUGCGGGAGGGUACCUCAAUGAGAAGGGUGCUCCUCAUACGCGCCUCGACUAGGCGAGUGGCGCCCAGAGUCGAGGCCGAUGUGGCUGUAGUAGUGAUCAUUUCGGUCCAUGUUUCCAUUAGCACUUAUCAUACCCUGGCUGUUUGCUUGCGAGGGAGUGGAGUCCGCGAGCCAGUCUGCAGCCGCAGCAGCAACAACCAGCAUGCAUCUGAUUAAUACCC